CUAAGGAAGCGUUUGCUUUCCUGGAAAGAACACCAAAAAGACCUAUUAUGGGACGAACAGUGAGUGAAGAUUCCAUGGAUGUCAAGAAGGAGACUCAGGAGAAAACUCAGUCAGGCACAUCUUCUGUGCAAAGUGAUGAUUUCCAAUGGGACAAGUAUUUGAAAGAUACUGGAUCUAUAAGUGCUCCUUCAGAGUGCUUCCGUCAGUCUAUGAUUCCACCAGCUAAUGACUUCAAAAUUGGUAUGAAAUUAGAAGCCCGUGACCCUCGCAAUAUUACUUCAGUAUGUAUUGCCACAGUUGUUGGAAGUACUGGGGUCAGAUUACGUUUACGGCUGGACGGUAGUGACAAUAGAAAUGAUUUUUGGAAGCUUGUUGAUUCCUCGGACAUACAGCCAGUUGGGACAUGUGAAAAGGAAGGAGAUUUGCUCCAACCUCCACUGGGAUACCAGAUGAAUGUGUCAUCUUGGCCAAUGUUUCUCCUUCGAACUCUAAGUGGAUCUGAAAUGGCACCAGCAGCCUUUUUUAAGAAGGAACCGCCAAAGCCACCCCUAAAUAAUUUUAAAGUGGGGAUGAAACUGGAAGCUGUUGAUAGAAAAAACCCGUAUUUAAUCUGCCCUGCAACUGUUGGAAAUGUUAAAGGGGAUGAAGUAUACAUAACAUUCGAUGGCUGGAGUGGAGCUUUUGAUUAUUGGUGCAAGUAUGAUUCUCGAGAUAUUUUCCCAGCUGGGUGGUGUCACCUGACAGGAGAUGUAUUACAACCACCAGGAACUAGUGCUCUUGUUAUGACCCUACAAUCUUUCAAAGCCCUUAGCUUCUGGUUUGUACUGUCACAGCUCAUCAGGUUUACUCAAGAGACCAGCACAGGGUGUCUGGUGAGAAAGAGAGGAGCAUAUGUGCUGCUGUGUCCUUGGCAACUUGCAGAACGAGGCUGA